AUGCAUAGGAAAGGUGCAAAAUCUCUUACUAGGGAUGGCAGCAUAGUAGACUUUGCUGAUCCCAAACUUCAUGGAGAGUACUCGGUGAACGCUUUUGGUCUUACAUUUCAGCUAGCUCUGUCAUGCACUAUGCUUAAGCAACAGCGACCAUCCAUGGAGCAAGUUGUUGUAAAACUAGAAGAGGCCCUUGACAUAUCAACAAAGGAGAAAGCUCUUACUCCUCAUACCACGCCAGACUGGUCUUACAACUCCCUAAAAGAGAAUUCUUGA